GUGAUGUGAUCCCUCGCAAGUCGCAACCACAGAAGACGUCAGCCGAGAAGGAAGAUAGGGAGAGAGCGAGAGGGGGAGAGAGAUGUCGAUGGCUGCAAGUCCAACUCUUCGUCCCGUCUCCUGCUCGUUGGCUAACUUGUCUUCUCCCUCUCCCAACAUUCGAUGUCAAGGAAGAGGAAGAAGAGUGUCAGAUAGCGAGGGCGAGGAGCAACUCGCACCUUCCUCUCCUCCAUUUCUGAGGCCGCCUGCGAGGAUAACGAGCGCGUUCAACCCAUUUGUUAAGCACUGCGUCAAGCUCCGGAUCAGCUCCUCAUACCGUCGCUCCUGCGGUUCCGCCCUCGUCGUCGGCCUCGCCCCCAUCCUGGAGAUAUGCCGGUUUCUGAAACUGAAGCAUGAGGAUUAUUCUUUGGUGGAUUGCCUUCUUUUGGUGGAUGGUGCAGAAGCCCCUGAAGGAUUCCCUUCAUCCUCUCCGGUUGUGAAUGUGAGCCCUUCCGUAAUGAGGAAGGUUUCUGGUAUUCAGUCGGUUGAUUCAACCGAAGCCAUUGCUCUUAUGAAGCUCCCUAGAAGUUUCUUAAACCUCGAGGAGAAUGAUGAAAUUAAUCAGCAUUGCUUUCCUUUGCUUCACCGGCUGUUGGUCCUUGACGGGAUCCAGGACCCUGGUAACCUAGGCACUUUACUAAGAUCUGCCAUGGCUUUCAAAUGGGAUGGUGCCUUUCUGCUUCCUAGCUGCUGUGAUCCCUUCAAUGAAAAAGCCCUUCGAGCAUCCCGUGGAGCUUCCUUUCAACUCCCUCUAGUUUCUGGUUCCUGGUCUCACCUAAUAGCUCUAAAGUCUAAACAUGAUAUGAAGCUAUUGGCAGGUCACCCCGAGAGUACUGUGAACGGAUCCAAUGCAACUCGCUCACUAUCUCAUGAACUCGUGGAGUUGUUGGCAGGUAAACCCCUAUGCUUGGUAUUAGGCAGUGAAGGGAAGGGUCUCUCUAAGCAAACUGUCCAGACUUGCGAGCUAGUGAGCAUACCCAUGGCUGGUGGUUUCGAGUCCCUUAAUGUUUCAGUCGCCGGAGGAAUAUUUCUGUUUAUGCUACAACCAGAAACACAUAGACAUUGCGUGCAGAACCAUUGAAUAUAUGCCAAGGAAGAAAAUGAUACCUUACCUUGGACCUUUGCAAUGCUGGCUGCCCGGGACAACAACAUUGGCGCUCUGGCCCACAGCCCGGGUAGAUCACCCGGGCUGGCUCUAUCACUGUCUGGUUCACCACUGGUUAUGAGAAUAUUAAUUGUGUCAGUCUAAUACUAUGUUUGGUAGGAUGAAUAGGUUGAUUGAGACGGACUUGAUCAAGUGGGUUGACUGAACAUAUAGAUUGAUUAAGUUUAUAAGCUACAUGGGUUAUACGGGUUGUCUGAUUAAGUGAGCCAAAAUGAUUGAGCAGGUCAGUGGAUAAUGGGUUGAUUGAAUUGGCCAAGACGAACAAGAUAAGAGAGUGAGGUAAAUGGAGCAUAGUUUACCAAGUUAGAUACGUCAGGUAAAUCGAGUGGGCUAAGUGGAAGUUGGGCAUAUACAACUCAAUUGAGUAUAUCCAAAGUCAAUCAAUUGAACUGUCGUUUAGACUACACUCAAAUAAGAAUGAAUGAAUUGCUCAAUUGCCAUUCCGUC